CAUUAAGUUGUCAAUGUGGUGAUUUGUAUAGUUGUUUAUUAUUUAUUGCAAUUACAAUAAAUCAAAGAAUUACGAAGUCAAUUUAUGAUAUUAUUGUGCGCUUUCAAAAUAGAAAAUAUAUUCCAUCAGCUUGUUCAUAAACCGCUAUUACUUACGCAGCUACACGAUCAGGUACAUCGAUUUCAUUGUCUUCAAGAGGCCGAAGGUAAUCGGAAUAGUUAUGGAAGCAAUGGACAUCCAGGCUGUGGAAUCAAAGCUGAGUGAUGUGACUGUUACAGCAAUACCAAUGAGUGGUAAAAAUGUCCAUAAGGAUUUAGGUCAUGGUGGCAGCAGCCAUGCAACAAUUUCAACAGUUCCAGCAUCCUCUCCAUCUUCUGUUGGCAAGGAUAAAGACAAUGGCACUUCUAAGUAUGCCCAGUUACUAGCUGUCAUAGAGGAAAUGGGAAAAGAAGUCCGACCAAGCUACUCUGGUAGUCGUAGUUCUGCAGAACGCCUGAAACGAGGCAUAGUCCAUGCUCGCAUUCUUGUGAGAGAAUGCCUGAUUGAAACUGAGAGGUCAGCACGACAGUAGCUUGCGACAACAAAACUAUCCCAGUCAAUUUCAAUACCUCACUUAUGUGUAUUUCUUUAACAAAUAAUGUAACAACUGUUUAUUUAAUGACUGCCAG